AAGCACACCACAGAGGUUAACCAGUUCAGGAAGUGUUCUGAUCGGGAGUCCAUAUACCCCUGCGCCAGCCAUGGUCACUCAGACGCACAUAGCAGAGGCUACUGGCUGGGUCCCAGGUGAUAGAAAACGGGCUAGAGAAUUUAUUGACUCUGAUUUUUCAGAAAGUAAACGAAGCAAAAAAGGAGAUAAAAAUGGAAAGGGCUUGAGACAUUUUUCAAUGAAAGUGUGUGAGAAAGUUCAGCGGAAAGGAACAACAUCAUAUAAUGAAGUAGCUGAUGAGCUAGUAUCAGAGUUCACCAAUUCAAAUAACCACUUGGCUGCUGAUUCGCAGGCUUAUGAUCAGAAGAAUAUUAGGCGAAGAGUUUAUGAUGCUUUAAAUGUGCUAAUGGCAAUGAACAUAAUUUCAAAGGAAAAAAAAGAAAUCAAGUGGAUUGGCUUGCCUACCAACUCUGCUCAGGAAUGCCAAAACCUAGAGAUCGAGAAGCAGAGGCGGAUAGAACGGAUCAAGCAGAAACGGGCUCAGCUGCAAGAACUUCUCCUGCAGCAGAUAGCUUUCAAAAACCUGGUGCAGAGGAAUCGGCAACAUGAGCAGCAGAACCAGGGCCCACCAGCUCUGAACUCGACCAUCCAGCUGCCAUUCAUCGUCAUCAACACGAGCAGGAAAACCGUCAUAGACUGCAGCAUCUCCAGCGACAAGUUCGAAUACCUUUUUAAUUUUGACAACACCUUUGAGAUCCAUGAUGAUAUAGAAGUCUUGAAGCGAAUGGGAAUGUCCUUUGGUCUGGAGUCAGGCACGUGCUCCCUGGAGGACCUGAAACUUGCUAAAUCCCUGGUGCCCAAGGCCCUAGAAGGUUACAUCACAGAUAUCUCCACAGGACCCUCUUGGUUAAAUCAGGGACUAUUGAAUGCUGCCCAGUCCGUUUCCAAUUUAGAGCUGACCACUGGUGCCCACCUGCCCCAGGCAAGUGUAAACCCAGGGUUGUGCUUGGAUGCUGAAGUGGCCUUAGCAACUGGGCAGUUCCUUGCCCCGAGCAGUCACCAGUCCAGCAGUGCAGCCUCCCACUGCUCGGAGUCCCGUGGCGAGACCCCCUGCUCCUUCGACGAUGACGACGAGGACGAGGACGAGCCCUCCUCCCCAGAAUAAAGACAGGAGCACCCCGCCCUUGUUACCUGAUGCUCGUGUGUGUUUGUCGUGUGAGCUCUUGUAUUUUAAAUGAUCGCUUAAGUCUUUGCCUUUGUUUGCACUGUGCAUUUGGUGAAAACUAGAGAGUCACAAUAAUAAGCAGAUUUCACAGAGGCUAAAAUGAUCACGAUAAAAGUUACAGCAUAGUGUGACUGGAAACGCUGCCUGACAGAACAAUCAGUCACAUUGCAAACAAAGCCCAUUUCGAGGUGAGAGAGGAGCCACAAUCCCUGGAGAAUUGGCAGCGUGAACGAAGCCGGUUCGUCUUCCGGGAGUGGGUCAUGGUGUCCCCUCACAUCCAGGUAAUCUUCCCUGGAAUUGAGAUGGCCGCAGGCAGCAGUCCGUGGCCAGCACGUGUCUCUCCCAGCCCGGGCCGCCUUUACAAGAGUUCCCAGUAAGGAGAGUUGUGCACGAGGGCUGUCAGUGGACGAGCCUUGUGGCCUACGGAGCACGGGUGGAACUGCUGAACUAGUUGAACGUCCAUUGGAGGUGCUUUAUGCAUCAGCUGCCUUAGACAGCUUCUAGAAAGGAGCGAAUGCUAAUUCUUAAGUACGUAAGUGAUAUUUAGAAUAAUUUAUAGUAAAACAAAUGAUCCUUAUUAGCCAUGCAUUGGUGCAUAGAAUAUAUUAGUGCUGUUUCUGGAAGCCAGCCUAAAAUAGGAUUUCCAUGUGCGUUAAAUACUCAGCCAGCACUGCCUUCUGCCAGCAUUCUGAACCGGGGCCUUCCCUCGUGUCAGUCGUGCGUUUCUAUAGCUUUUCCACUUAGAGCAAAGAAAGCCCCGUACCCAAGCUGUUGGGCUACAGAUGUCUGCGCAGUGGGAUGAUUUCACUCCGUGGACACGUUUGUGAAACUGAACCAAAUGUUAUUACUUCUGUCUUAGGACUCUGUUUCAAGAAUAUGAAUGGCAAUGUUUUCCUGUACGCUCGCGUUUUGUACAUUUUAUUAAUCAAAAUUACUUCA